CGCCCGCUCCCGCCGGGCAGAGGCGAGCGGCGGCGGCGGCAGCAUCCCGGCAGCGCGCGAUGGCUGGCGGAGCGGCCGCAGGCGCUCGGCGAACACGGCACCCCCCUUAGCGAGCUCUCCUGGUCCUCCUCGCUGGCCGUCGUGGCCGUUUCCUUCUCUGGGCUCUUCACCUUCAUCUUCCUCAUGUUGGCCUGCCUGUGCUGCAAGAAGGGAGACAUCGGCUUCAAGGAGUUUGAGAACGCCGAGGGGGACGACUACGUGACGGAGUUCUCGGCCCAGGGCUCGCCCGCCCCGCAGCAUGGCCCCGAGGUCUACAUCCUGCCCCUCACCGAGGUCUCGCUGCCCAUGGCCAAGCAGCCGGGGCGCUCAGUGCAGCUCCUCAAGUCCGCGGACCUGGGGCGGCAGAGCCUGCUGUACCUGAAGGAGAUCGGGCAUGGCUGGUUUGGAAAGGUGUUCCUGGGGGAGGUGAACUCGGGCAUCAGCAGCACCCAGGUGGUGGUGAAGGAGCUGAAGGCCAGCGCCAGCGUGCAGGACCAGAUGCAGUUCCUGGAGGAAGCGCAGCCCUACAGGGCCCUCCAGCACACCAACCUGCUGCAGUGCCUGGCCCAGUGCGCCGAGGUCACCCCCUACCUGCUGGUGAUGGAGUUCUGCCCGCUGGGUGACCUGAAGGGAUACCUGCGGAGCUGCCGGGGGGCCGACACCAUGGCCCCGGACCCGCUGACCCUGCAGAGGAUGGCGUGCGAGGUGGCCUGCGGCGUCCUGCACCUGCACAGGAACAACUACAUCCACAGCGACCUGGCCCUGCGGAACUGCCUGCUCACCGCCGACCUGACCGUCAAGAUCGGGGACUACGGGCUCUCGCACUGCAAGUACAAAGUUUGACGUUCUCUUCUCGUACUGACCCUGCAUACUUGGCAGGACGACUACUUCGUGACGGCCGACCAGCUGUGGGUGCCGCUGCGCUGGAUCGCCCCCGAGCUCAUCGACGAAGUGCACGGCAACCUGCUCAUCGUGGACCAGACCAAGGCCAGCAACGUCUGGUCGCUGGGCGUCACCAUCUGGGAGCUGUUUGAGCUGGGCAGCCAGCCCUACGACCACUACUCCGACCGGCAAGUGCUCGCCUACGCCAUCAAGGAGCAGCAGCUGAAGCUGCCCAAGCCCCAGCUGAAGCUGUCGCUGUCGGAGCGCUGGUAUGAAGUGAUGCAGUUCUGCUGGCUGCAGCCCGAGCAGCGCCCGACGGCCGAGGAGGUGCACCUGCUGCUCUCCUACCUCUGCGCCAAAGGCGCGACGGAGGCCGAGGAGGAGUUCGAGAAGCGCUGGAACUCCAUGAAGCCCAACAGCAGCGCCAGCGGCGGCCACCACGGCGCCGAGCUCUCCUCCUUCCCGCUGCUGGAGCAGUUCUCGGCCGACGGCUUCCCCUCGGACGGGGACGACAUCCUGACCGUCAUGGAGACCAGCCACGGCCUCAACUUCGAGUACAAGUGGGAGCACACCAAGACCGAGCACUUCCAGGCCCCCCUGGGGUCCCUGAGCCCCAGCAGCGCCGCCCGCUACCACGACCUCUACUACCCGGCCGCGUCCGCGGGGCGCCUGAGCCUGGGGGUCUCGCCCUCCUGCUACGAGUGCAAGCAGCCCGGCUGCCCCGGCCUGCCGGCGCCCGGCGUCGUGCCCAUCCUGGGCGCCCACAGCCCCUCUCUCAGCAGCGAGUAUUACAUCCGCAUCGAGGGGCCGGCCGAGGGCAGCGCCGAGCUGGACUACGCCAUGUGCUCCUACAGCCCCGAGGGCGAGCGGGGCUCCCCGCGGCCCCCGUCCUGCUGGAGACCCCAGGGCACGCGGGGCGGCAGCACCUACGACUCCGACAGCAGCCCCACCGUCUCCCUCAGCAUGGAGCCGCUGCUGGGCCACGCGCCGGCGGGCGAAGGCUCGUGGGAGUGCGCCGAGUACUACCCCUACGCCUGCCCGGGGCAGGAGCAGCGCGGCUACGAGGCGUCCCCCGGCCACGGUGCCGAGCGGUACCUGCUGGAGGACGAGCACACCGAGCCAGGCGGCAAGGACUGGCCCGUCCCUGGCUUCCAGCACAGCAUCUUCGGCGACCCGCUGGGCGUCUCCCCCUCGGUGAACUGCGCCUACAGCCCCCGGGGGUACGGGCAGCCCCCGGGGCAGAGCGCGACCCGGCCGGACUGCGUGGCGCUGGAGCUGGGCGACGACAGCCCCCCGGGCGCUCCCCUCCCGGAGGGUGCCAGCCCCCCGGCCCCGCAGCAGCCCUGGGCCUCCAACAGCUCCUCCAACAACAACAUCGGUGGCAGCAGCAGCCCGGCCGCCCGCGAGCCCGGUGACAGCUGGUGCUACCGCCGCAUGAUCACCUUCCGCGGGCUGAUGGCCAAGCCGCUGGGCACCGUGCCGCGCGGCCAGCCCCAGCUCGGGGGGUCCCCGCCGGGCCUCGAUUUCCGCCGCCCGCGGCAGGAUCAGGCCCUCAGCAUGGCCGGCGGCUCCUCCCCGUGCCGCUCGCCCUCCCCACGGAGCCAGGCCUGGCAGAGCCGUGACUCAUCAGCCUCCGGCCGCUCGCAGGCGGCGGCGCUGGCCGGUGGCCCCGGCACGCCACGGGGCCCCGGCGCAGCCCCGGCAGCCGUAGCCGGGGCCCAGCCGUACCCGCAGGAUGCCCGCCCGGCCGAGGGAAUGGAGGGGAGCAGCCCUGCCCGCAGCCCUGUGCUGGGGCUGGGGGAGGCUGCCCCCAUGGCUGGCACCUCUGCCCCAAACCCCGGGCCCCCUACGGAGCCUGGUGUAGAUGGUGCCCAGCCUACGCCGGAGGCUGUUGAGGCACCGGUGCCCGGGGAGGCCGCUGCUGACAGCGGCACGUGUCCUGCCAGCGACACGGACAGGACCCCGGACAAGACGUUCUCCAGCGCCAGCUUCCCCGGUGGGGACGACGGGAGCGACGAGGACACGGCAGAGCUGACCUCUGGCGUCUUCACUGACUUCUCCGGGGACUAUAUGGAGAGGGUGGACAUGGCCCCGGCGUUCAAGUCCCUGCAAAAGCAGGUGGGGACACCGGAUUCCCUGGAGUCCCUGGACAUCCCCUCCACAGCCAGCUCCUGCGAGGUCUUCAGCCCCACCGCCUUCGCCCCCGCUGGGCAGCCCAAGGCGCUCGACAGCGGCUACGACACCGAGAACAACGAGUCCCCCGAGUUUGUCCUCAAGGAGCCCCACGAGCCCCGAGAGCCAGAGGCCUUUGGCCAGCUGGGGAAGCCGCCCCCAGGGCUGCCGGGGGGCGAGGGUGAUGUCCCGGCCCCUGAGACACGGCUCUCGGCAUCCUUCAGCGCCGAGCUGCACGGCCUCUCUGAGAAGAACCCGUACCGUGACUCUGCCUACUUCUCCGACUACGACACCGAGGCCGAGCGUGGCCCCAAGGACGACGAGGACAGUGACGGGUCUGAGACCCCGCAGGCAGAGAAGGAGGGGUCCCAGCCCCACGCACAGGACCUGGGACAAGCCCCCGGGCUGGGCGAGGAUCCGCUGCACCCCCCAGGAGCCCCCGGGAGCCCCCCGGCAGCACCCGGCACAGCAGAGGCAUCUGAAGCGCUGGACGUGGGGGUCUCUGCAGGGGACUGGAGGGGGGCAGAGGCUGGGGAUGCCCCGGCUGGCCCCACGGCACAAGAGGCUGGCACCGACCCGCGAGUCACUGGCACGGGGCCGGGCACCGAUGGAGACACACCAGGGGUCUGCGGCGUCCCUCCAGGCUCUGUGCCGCCCAAGACUUUCUUCUUGUCCCCAGUGCCAGCGAGCCCCGAGGAGCCAGCGUCGGGCAGAGGGACCCCCGUGGCUGAGGGCAUCCCUGGACUGGGGGGGGAUGCAGCGGGGGGCAAACAGACUGUGUCCCCCACGCCAGGGCUGGGGGAAGCGGGGCUGACCCCAGAGGGCACCGGGGUGGGCAUCGCCCCCGGAGGGGACGCACCAGGGGGUCCCAGCACGCUGCUAUCGGGGGCUGAGUCACCAGUGCGCUCCCCCCCGGGGCUCUCCCUGCUCCCGUCCGCCUGGGAGCCACGGCCGGCCACCUCGGAGCGGCGAGAGGAGCCUGAGGAGGAGGAGGAGGACACGGAGGACAGCGACGAGUCGGACGAGGAGCUGCGUUGCUACAACAUCCAGGAGCAGAGCGAGGAGAGUGAGGAAGAGCCGGCGGCCGUGCCCAUCGUGGUGGCCGAGAGCCACAGCAGCAGGAACCUGCGCAGCCUCCUCAAGAUGCCCAGCCUGCUCUCCGAGGCCUUCUGCGAGGACCUGGAGCGCAAGAAGAAGGCCGUGUCCUUCUACGACGAUGUCACCAUCUACCUCUUCGACCAGGAAAGUCCCACGCGGGAGCUGGGCGAGCAGAGCUUCCCGGAUGCCCCCGAGCCUUCAGGACAGCCCCCGGCCAGCGGCAGCCCCACGAGCCCCACGAGCCCCGCCAGCCCCACGGACAGGCUGAGCGCCUCCGACGACUCCUCGGACGGCAACGCCUCAGAAGAGAGCGGUGGCUUCGAGUGGGACGACGACUUUCCGCUCAUGCCGGUGAAGCCGUCGCUGAUGUCCUCGCUGUCGGGGACGCCGGCGGAGCCCGACCCGUCCGUCCCCGCACUGCUGCCGGUGCCCAAGCAGGUGCUGCCCAUCCAAUUCUCCCGUUUCACGGUCUCGCCUGCCCCUGUGUCCCGGUUCUCCAUCACCCACGUCUCCGACUCGGACAUGGACUCCAUAGGAGGCAGCAGCGAAGACGGUGACCGGGAGUGAGCCAGCC